AAGCAGCCAAUCCCUACUGCGUUUUGCCGAUUGCCGCACACGUGCUGAGAUUUUGUGAUAUUUUUUACUCAAUUAUUCUACUUUACAAAACUUGUAGAGCGACCAAAAGCAUUGUUUGUUGAGGAUUACUAUUUAAUAACAUCAGAUCAACGGCAGCAUUUUUGAUUAUUAGCAGGAACCAGGCACAUGGCAAUGGUGUCAGAGGCAAAGGUUAACGGUGGUGACAUGGAGGCUCCAUCGACUGAGUUACUCCCUGCGCUUGCAGAGAAACCCCUCGGCCUGCCACCGGGAAAGUACUCGCUUGUCGGAUGGGAUAUGGAUACUACAGGAAGGAGACUUAUUGAUGAAAUAUGUCAGAUAGCGGCGUUCACGCCCAAGCAGACGUACACGCAGUACAUAAUGCCAUACGGGGACUUGAACCCGGGGGCGCGCCGGCGACAUAACAUUCGAGUGGUCACUGUUGGUCGGUACAGGAUGCUUAAAGAUACAAUUACUCAUAAGAUAUUAAAAACAAAAUCGGAAAUAUCGGCGCUAACAGAUUUCUUAGACUGGCUGGAGAAGGAGAAAGGCGACAGUGAAAGCAAAGUGAUUCUGAUUUACCAUGAACCAAGACGUCUCAGCCCCAUUAUGUUACUUGAAGCACUCAUACGUUACAAGCUACUGGACCGCUUCAAGUGCAUUGUGGCUGGCUUCGCUGACAGCUACGCGCUGGCCGCGGACAAGUGCAAGACGACAGUGAAGUCGGUGUCGCUGCGAGUGCUGGCGCGAGUGCUACUGGACGCGGACUCUCUGUCUGUGGACAGUGCGCUGGACAGAGCCACCGCUGCCUACCGCAUUGUCGAACAUCUCGCUCAAGGCGAGCAGCAGGAGGUGGGCGCGGGCGGCGAGGGCGCGUCGGCCAGCAAAGACAUGGUGGAGACGGCGCGGGCCUGGGCGCGCCCCGUGCACACUGAACUUGACGCCUUAGUCAAUCUCAAGAAUCUACUGGAAAGACAGAACACGUUCCGGCCGGUGUUCGCGCCGCUGUUGCGCGCCGCUCGGCCGGAGCGCAAGCGAGUGACGCAGCUGCGCCGCAUACUGGCCGAGGCGGGCUUCCUCUACGACCAGCUGCGCGACGCCUGGCAGGAGCACCAGCUCACUGGUUUAGAGAAACAAUUAGCUUCGUUGUCGGUGUCCGCUAAAGACGAGGACAUAAAGGAGCUCAUAGAAAUCUUCGACUGUCACUUCGACCCCGCCAAAGAACCGAAAGGUCUCAAGCCGAGAUUAUCCAAUAGAAAUAGACCAACGUCGUCUGCGGGUGAGACAGGCGAGGCGGAAGGCAGUACCAGUGAUUCACAGAAAAGUUCUCCACAAAAUUCCCCCAACAAGACCAGUAACGAUGUGUCUGCGGGGGACACUAGUCAAAUCGAGGCGGCCCCGGAGCCGAUGAGUGCCUUAGCGACUCAGUAUAAUGAGGUAUAA